AAUUCUGUGUUAUAAUAAAAGAUUCUUUUGCAAAGUGGAUUUAUUUCAUCUUCACAAGUAUUUGAAAUUGGGAUUUUUAAAAAAAUGUUUUACAUGCAAGAACUGGACUGAAGCAUCAGUAGGGAUUUCUGAAAUGGGUGAAACUUCUUGGCAGGUCCUUUGUUAAGAUGCAAGAAAGAUGUGACUGGUUUUUAAUAUGAGCAUCUGCAUUACCCUGCUGCUGAAACUAUGCUCUUGAGGAAAAGAUGCAGGUACGGAUCACGGAAACUGCAGUUUCUCUUGUUGGUGCUGGUCCUCACCUUCUUACUAUUGAUGGUGUCAGUGCGGAACCCAGCACCCAAAGACCUGAACAAGGAAGGAAUCUCUCCGCCUGCAAACUACAACCCCAAAGAAGGGUACCAGGUGGAUUUUGGAGAGCCUCAAGAAAUCGUAGACUCUCCGGAGAACAGCGAGCAGUAUUUUCCCCUGGAGGGACUGUCGCCCUUCCUCUCCCUAAGGGAGGACGAGCUCCUGGUGGCCAUAGAGGCACCAACAGCCAAGAGGAAACAUUUCAAACCUAGGAAAGGGUACCGGAUGGUCAGGCAGCAAAACAAAAGGCAAGAGGAGAAAAAGCAGGUGCAAGAUCCGGAGUUCCUGCUCCAGUCCCUUCCCUUGCAGGUGGGAGAACAGGCUGAUGCAAGUGAACAACUGCUUAUGGCUGGUCUAGAAGUUCAUGGGUUUAAUGAAGCACUCAGCCAACAAAUCCCUCUGCACAGGGAGCUUCCUGAGGUACGGCAUCAUUUGUGCCUGCAACAAGAAUCCAGUCCCAAUCUGCCUACGGCGAGUGUCAUCAUCUGCUUCCAUAAUGAGGCCUGGUCGACUCUCUUGAGGACUGUUCAUAGCAUCUUGGAUACAGCCCCCAGGGCCUUUCUCAGAGAAAUCAUCCUUGUAGAUGACCUCAGCACACAAGGAUACUUAAAGUCAUCCCUGAGUGAGCACAUCUCUAAGCUGGCAGGUGUGAAAUUGAUUAGGAGCAACAAAAGACUAGGGGUCAUCCAGGGUCGUAUGCUUGGUGCUGCACGAGCAACAGGGGACAUUGUGGUCUUCAUGGACUCCCACUGCGAGUGUCUCAAAGGCUGGCUAGAACCUCUGCUGGACAGACUAGCCAGUGACAGGAGUCGGAUUGUCUCUCCUGUCAUAGAUGUAAUUGACUGGAAGACCUUCCAGUAUUAUCCCUCUAUGGACCUGCAAAGAGGUGUUUUUGACUGGAAAUUAGAUUUCCACUGGAAGCCGCUGCCAGAACGUGAAGAGAAAGUACGACUAUCUCCCAUCAGCCCCAUCAGGAGUCCAACAAUACCUGGAGCAGUAGUAGCUGUGGACAGACGUUAUUUCCAAAACACAGGGGGUUAUGACUCUGAAAUGAUCUUUUUGGGGGUUGAAAAUCUUGAGCUAUCAAUAAAGACCUGGCUUUGUGGUGGGUCUGUAGAAAUCCUCCCAUGCUCACAUGUGGGACAUGUCUAUCAAGCUGGAAUUCCAUACAACUUUCAAGACGAAGAUGCAAUAGUGAGGAACAAAAUCCGAAUAGCUGAGACCUGGUUGGGUACAUUUAAAGAACUCUUUUAUGAACAGAACAGGAAUGCAUAUUUAAUAAGCAAGGCUUGGAGGCCAAACUGUAGUGAGCGUUUUCAGCUGCAGAAGAGAUUGGGAUGCAAAGGUUUCCAGUGGUUUAUCUCAAAUGUAUAUCCUGAACUUCAUCCAUUACAGCGCAGAAUAAGAUUUUCAGGCAAGCUAUACAACAUUGAUGCUGGAUUCUGUGCAGAGUAUAAGACUCAACAGGAUGCUGGUGGUGGUCACAUUGAGUUAUCCCCGUGCGAUGAUAAUAUCAACCAGCACUUUGAAUACAAUGCCAUGAAGGAAAUCUGUUUUGGUUCUUCACAACAGCUGUGCUUUGAUGUCAGGCACGAAAAAGUUGUCCUUCAAAACUGUUCAAAGGCAAUGGAAAACAGCUCACAACACUGGGAUAUCGAGGAGAAUGGAAUGAUUGUCCAUAUUCUUUCCGGUAAAUGCAUUGAGGCCUUGAAGACAGACUUGUGUUUGCGAAAAUGUAACAAGAAGGCCAAUUUGAUAUGGCAGUUUGAGCAUUCAUUCCACCUAGAUGAGAGAUGA